AUGAGUCAAUCCAAUUCGGUCGAGAUGCACGAAAGUGCAGAUACGAAACCCUCGAUUGAGGAUACUAAAGAAGAUACGCAAACCAAUAUCUCUCCCAUCCAGGAAUCCUCCGAUGUGGAAAAUACGCCUGGUCGGGGUUAUUCCCGAGUGUCUAUGGUUUUCAUGGUGAUCUUCAGCGGUCUUGCUAUUGGAUCCGACGGCUUCAAUGCCUCCAUUAUCGGCAAUUUGGAACUAAUCAUGGGUGUCAUAUACCCCGAAUCACUCACAACGGCAGUGGCCGCACGACUCUCGAACGCGUUCAUGGUCGGCAUGAUCAUCGGAAUGUUAUCCUUCGGCUAUAUCUCGGACAAAUUGGGACGAAAGACCGGUGCGGUCCUUACCACUAUACUUCUGGUCUUGGGAAUUGCCCUCAGUGCUGGUGCGAGUGGUAUUACAGAGAAUGGCAUGUUCUGGAUGCUGAUCAUUGCUCGUGGUGUUGCGGGUGUUGGCGCGGGAGGAGAGUACCCCGUUGCUGGCGCUGGCGCAGCUGAGGCCACGGACGAGGCACCGGGUAUGCGCAAGCGAAGAGGCUUCAUCUUUGCCAUGAUUGGUGAUUUGUCUGCGUCUCUUGGAUUCGCUUUCGGUGCGCUCGUUCCACUGAUUCUUUUGUUGUGUUUCCAUCAACAAGUGAGGCAUUAUGAGGCUGUUUGGCGUAUCUCACUGGCCAUGGGUGCCAUUCCGCCCUUGUCGAUCUUUUGGUUCCGAUACAAAAUGGUGAUGAGCUCGGCUUAUCGCAAAAGCUCUAUGAAGAAGCAGCGAAUUCCAUACUGGCUAGUACUUAAGAAGUACUGGCGGCCUUUGCUUGGAGUGUGUGGCUCUUGGUUUAUCUACAACUACAUCUCAUAUCCGUUUGGACUAUUUUCAUCGACCAUUGUUGGGCGCGUCAAUCCAACCUCUUCUCUUGCACUAACAAUGGCAUGGGGAACGCUCAUCAAUUGCUUUUAUAUCCCCGGUGCCUUCAUCGGCGGUCUUCUGUCUGAUAAAAUCGGUCGCCGUCGGACUAUGGCCCUAGGUUUCGGGCUUCAGGCUAUGUUGGGAUUCAUUCUUGGAGGUGCACUUGGCCCAAUCCAAACCAAGCUUCCUUUAUUCAUUGUGCUUUACGGAAUCUUUUUGACUCUGGGUGAGGUCGGUCCUGGAUCUACGAUUGUUCUCACUGCCAGUGAAAGCUUUCCAACUGCAGUCCGCGGUCACGGAGUUGGUCUGGCUGCAGCCUGGAGUAAAGCCGGAGCGGCAAUUGGGACUCAAGUCUUCAAGCCGAUUUUGGCUAGCUGGGGCGACGACAGUGUUCACGGCACCCAGGCUGUGUUUUUGAUUGGAUCUGGGUUCGCUGUUCUCGGAUCAUUGCUGGCCUGGUUUGUUCUUCAGGACAGUGAUACUAUUUUGGAUCAUGGAGAUCAGGAGUGGAAGGACUACUUGGUUGCUCACGGAUAUAGCCACAUCGAAUGGGGCGCGGAAGGGCAAGCUCACACGCCGACGGAUAGCAAAGUUGUAGACUAG